AUGGCUCGCGAUGUACCCAUCACCGUUCGGGUUCCUCGUGUUCCUCUAUCCUUCCGCAACUUCGCACUUAUUUUAGAACGAGGUCGAUUUACCAGUAAAAGGGUUUUGGUCGGCUCUGACCGAUUUCCGGCGAUUGACGAGGCUGAAGAAAUCGGCUACGAAAUAAAUAUCCUGGAAAGAGUCCAGAAGGCGAAAGAUGCCACACCGCGUAAGAAGAAAUUCUUACGUGGAAAUGGGAAUAACCGUUGGAGUGGCGCCACGGGGAAUAAUACGCAAGCCCAGUCCAGUGGCUCUGAAACGACAUCUGGACCCGGGCCGGAGCGAUGGGUGGAACAGGGGGUAGAUGAAAUUUUACAUCUGAAGAUCCUGGAGAGUCUCGUCGAUUCUGACGCGCCCUCCACCAUAGUACUCGCGACGGGUGAUGCAGCUGAAGCAGAAUACUCAGACGGGUUUUUGAAGAUGGUGGGGCGUGCGCUGCAGAAAGGGUGGGCGGUCGAACUCGUGAGCUUCAGCACUACCACGAGUCGCGAGUAUAAGCGGAAGGGAUUCCGUUCUCAGUGGGGUUCGCAGUUCAGGGUCAUCAAGCUCGAUGAAUAUGUUGAACACCUUCUAGAUGCGUGA